AAUUUUUUAAAAAAUAUGAAAAGCCCAGCUGUUUGCCCCCAAUUAAAAAAAUGGCCUGCCCCCAAUAACCCAAAAUCUUCCAGCCCGUUCAGCCCUUACUCCCUUAGCCCCGACUCUCUACCCCUUGCGCAGACGCCGCUCACUCGCUCAGCCGCAGACGCCAGACGCAGAAGCCAGAAGAACAAGAACUCGGCCGCAGAACCUCCUUGCUCCGACCGGCAACCAGGCGACCCGCCGCCCGCGACCACCGCGAACCACUGGUCUGAACUCGACCACCAUUUAGCCAACUCCAAGCCGGAAAUCAAAACUAGUUGAUGUUGCUUAUCUUGGGACUCACAAAUUCUUUGUCAGUGGCUCUUCAAAAGAAAGAUCAAGACAUAUUGAAUGUUGUUUCACUUGUGAAAACAACAAAGCAACAAUUGCUUAAGGUAAGAGCUGAUGGAUGGGAUUCACAUUUGAGGAAGAUCUUAGAAUUUUGUGAGAAGCAUGAAAUUUCUGUGCUUAAUAUGGAUGAGGACUUUGUUAACCCAAGGAGGCCACGUCAAAGAACUAAUAUCACUAAUCGGCAUCAUUAUGAGUAUGAAUGUUUUAAUACCAUAAUGGAUUUGCAAAUUAGUGAAUUUGAUGACCGUUUCAAUGAGGUAAAUUCUGAGCUACUUCUUUGCAUGGCCUCUUUGAGUCCGAUUGAUUCCUUCCGUGAGUUUGAUGCUUCAAAGUUGUUGAGAUUGGCUGAAUUUUAUCCAAGUGACUUCAGUUAUGUGGAACGCAGAACUCUUGAGCAUCAAGUCAGUAUUUACAUUGACAAUGUGUUAGCGGAUGAAAGGUUUGCUAGAUUGAAAAGUCUUGGUGAUCUUGCUCGAGUGAUGGUGGAUACAAGGAAACAUCUUUCACAUCCUUUGGUGUAUAAGCUUUUAAAGUUAGCAUUGACUUUGCCAGUUGCCACAGCAACCGUAGAGAGAUGCUUUUCCGCUAUGAAAAUAGUGAAGACUAAUUUGCGCAAUAGAAUUGGCGAUAGGUAUAUGAGUGAUUGUCUGACUUGUUUUAUUGAAAGAGAUGUGUUUGAAACUGUUACAAAUGAAACUGUAAUGGUCUCUUUCAAAAGAUGAAAACUCGCCGCGAACAAUUGUGAUGUAUUUGGUAAGACUUUAAUUAUUGUAAUAUUACAUUACUACUUUAUUAAUCUUUUUUGUGAUGCAUUUUUUUC